GGUUAAAGUACGGGGAACCGUCGUGCUAGAUCAAAGUGUAAACAGCUACCCGGCAAGAAACACCUGCUCAGAAGCACUCGCAUUGAACAGGUCUCCACCUCGGACCAUGCAGUACCAACCGUCUUGAAAGGACAUGUUUGUUUAAAACAUCGGGGCAGACAUGACGACGAACUGCAGAAGCCAUCCUGGUAAUGUAACAACUAUUUUAUGUGAGACUUGCGAAAAGUUUAUAUGUGAGGACUGUUACGGUCAUGAUGAACACGACAAAAUUCAAGUCGAGUCAAUUGAACAAGCGUAUCGUAAUUCACAUUUCAAUAACCAUACCAUCAACAAACUCAAGAAAAUGCAACAUGAUGUGCAGGCAAGGACGGAUCUCGUUGUUGAUGAAGUUAAAAAAGCCGGUGAAGGAAUUUUCGCAAAGGUUGUUGCUGCUCGCGAGAUAGAGAUCGAAAUUGCACAAUCAAUAGUAAAAAUAAAGCAAGGAAGCGAUUCAAUACAAGAACAAUAUCUUAAAAUUAUAAAAGCCAUGAAAAAAUCUAAAAAUACAUCAUCUAGCCACCUUGAGUUCAUCCAAUCACAUUACCUUGAAACAUUCAUACCUAAAAUCAUUGGACGACUGGACUAUGUUGCUUCGGAUCAGGAACUUGUAGAACUUUGUUCCUUCAGGGUUCUGAACAAAAUAUUUAUCAAGUCGAUAUGCAUCGUUGACCCAUCGAAGGCAUGGAUACUGCAUUACAAAGACACGGCAAUACAUUUAGUUGAUUACAACGGCCAGAUUCUCGAGACACGGGAAUUGGGUGAGGUGACUGAGGACUUCUGCAUCACCACAACCGGUGAUGUAUUGUACACUGUUUGGAAUGGCCUUGAAUUAAAGAAAAUGGUCAAAGACAAAGACCCUAUAUCGCUGCACGAAUUUGAUAGAGGUUACUUCACAAGGGGCCUCUGUUCUAAGGGUGAUGAUGUUAUGGUGUGCCUCUGUUCGACUAGAGAUAGCAAACCGAAUCGACUGGCGAAAAUGUCGUGCGAAGAAAGGAGUGCAAGGCAACUUCAGUUCCAAGCAAAGACUGACUUUUCUGAACCGGGAAAGGUUAGCUGCAAAAAUGGUUCUCCCUCCGUCAUAGCUGUAGUCGACUGGAACGAGGCUGGACGAAUCGUGAAAGCGAUUGACAAUGAUGGAAAAUCACUGUGGGAAUGGAACGGGCAACUUCACGAUGGUUCGAAAUUGUCUCCAUUUCUGCCUUUUGAUAUUUCCUUUUGUAAUAUCAACGAGAGAAAACGCUUUCUCAUAACAUUACAAGGGUCUAAAUGGAACAAAAUCUGUUCCAUAGAUCUGCAAGGAAAAGACGCGAAAUGUAUCUACACCGGGCACAAGGAUUCCUGCAAUGGUGCCAUAGCGAUAGAUCCCAAAAACCAUAUUUGGAUUGGAGACCAAAACGGCAUCGUUCAUAUCAUGGCGGCUAUAUACGUAGAUUGAUCGGCAGUUUUGUGAACGAGGCAUUGAUGUGAGAUGUACAGAUUAUGCAAUUAACAUUCAAAUAAGUCCUUGGUCAUAGAAACUUGCUUUUAGAAAGUUGAUUGCUAUAAUAUCAACAUAAAUGUCUUGCGUAUUUCACUCACUGAACGGAUGCGAGCAACGUGAACGAAAGAACUCUAUAUACGGACAGUUGGCCUGCUGGACUCGGAUGUGUGAGAAUCAGUCGGAAAUCGUCGAUAAAGUUAAAGGCUUUAUUAAUGAUCAAUAUAAUGUGCACUUGAAGCACGAGGAAAUCGAGAUUACAUACCGCACUUGUAAAUUCAACAAAGGUUGACCAAGAAACAGUAUUGUGAAAUCCACGUGUCGAAGAGCAAUCCAUGUUAUCAUUAAUGCCAUGUGCGAUGCACGCGCUACGUAAAUUUCGAGGACUUAACAAAUUAGGAUAAUUUCAAAAAUGAAUGAAGCAUAUACUCAAGAGAAAUCUACAGACAUUAUUUAGCAUGUUUUAGGAUGUUUUUAGACCAAAAUGAGAAAAAGACAGCUCACCAUCGGCGGACCACAUAUGAAGUUUACAUACACAUACAGAAUAUACGGAUUCCAACUUCCUGAAGAAUAUUUACAAUGAGGAUUAGUAGCGACUUUGCUGGAGAUUAUAUCCGGUUACUUAUCUAAACAUUGCGUAGUGUGUAUAUAUGUGUGGAUGACCUAGUGUUAAAUGUAAUUACGAAUCAAAUGCUUUCAACAAGUUUUUCAGCAUGAUGAAAUAAGAGCCAUAGAUAAGUGAUUAGAAAUUGCUAUCCGCUCACUUUAAGCUGACUAUAAAAAUUAAUAAUGCGUUGAUUUUAAAUUUGCAUCAUUUUAUUAAAUUUUAUUUAUUGAUAAAAACAGUAUUUCAUCAACUGUACAAUAACAAAUAUAAAUGUAAAUGUCAAUCUUUAAUUCAAUAUUAAUAUAAUCAGAAAACAUAAAUUGUACUUUUAAUACAUUACCUUUAUUAGAUAGUUUUUGUUUUUCUCAUGUUAUUUUACAUAGAUAGUUCUGAAAUAUUAAUUAGAUGAUAAUUCAUGUCUGCCCCCAUUUAAAAAUGUCUGUUAUGUUCGCGCAGUACAAUUCGUUCAAUUGACAAUAAAUUAACAAUAUUUUUGUAAACAAUAUUGAAUCUGAUAAAACUUUACUGCAUUUGCAUUGAAAAUAGUUUGAAAGCGACACGGUUUUGUAUAGUCAGCGACUAUCAAAGGUUCAAAAUGGACCUGUAUAUUGGUUAGGUAUCCAUGAUGUUACCGUGUUAUUGGAGUUUGCAUGUCCGGUUUUAGUUCUGUGUGUGUCCUUUUUAGAGGUAAUAAUAAUUGCUUUUAAUGAACUUAUCACAAUCACAGAUCACAAUCUGAAGAACUUAAUUUUGGAAAAAAAAAAAAAAAAAAAAUCCGUCAUGUUUUCAAGGGAAAAAGUAACAAGAAAGAAAUAUUGUAGUAACAUGAUUGACAAAUUCAGGAUUGGUGUCGUUUUCAAGCGAAUGCAUGGCUAUAAAAAAAUUAGUGUAGAGAUUAAAAAAAAAAACUAUUUAUUUUUUCUUAACAAAUGCAUGUAACAUACCUGCCACCAAGACUUAUGUUACAAUGGGAAGGGAUAGUAUAAUAGACGGUUCUUAAAUGACAACAUGCUAUGAAAAUGUCUUAAAUGUAUUUACGGAUGGAAGUUACAGAUAUCUUAGGAACACGUCAACUUAAUUUUUAUAUUUUCACACCCACCCACGUAUAACGUUUUUUUCUGCUACUAAAUAGACAUGUAUUAUAGUAAGACGACGGACAAAAAAAUGGUUUCAUAGCUUGUUUAUGGAAUUGACGUGAUUAUAUACAUAUUUAUCUAUUUAUAAGUAUCUGGAUAGGCAUCUCCUUUCCUGAUAUGGGAUCUUAUCUUAAAUGUUUUUGGAUGUUAAAUCUAGCUGACAUUUUCCACGGUAUGACAGCGCUUUGAAAAGUACGUAACAUAACAGACAUAUGGAAUUAUAACACUGUUAAAAGGUUAACACAUUUAAUAUACAUUAGUAUUGUAAUAGAGUUUAAUUAGAAUUUAGUUCAAAAUGUGUUUUAUUUGCGAAUAUCUCAACAAUGUCUUAGUAUUAUCUAUUAUUACGGCAUUGUGUCGUGUUAAAUUGUUGAUAAAUAGGUCUUCUUCACAGGUGUUAAAUUU